AUGACUAUGUUAGAAGAUGGAAAAGUCUCAGAGGCUCAAGUUGAGCCAGUCGAGUCUCAUAAGCAGAUGUUGAACAGCAUCGACGAUGAUCCAGUCUACUCUUAUCGUGAGCAGCGCAAAAUCAUUCGUCGAAUUGAUGUUCGUCUGAUUGUGAUGCUUGGUUUUCUCCACACUGUCUCCCUUAUUGACCGGGGCAAUCUGGGUACUGCAUCUGUAGCUGGGAUGGAUAAAGAGCUUCGUCUCAAGGGAACGCAAUAUAGCACAAUCGCAGUGGCAUUCUUCCCUCCUUAUAUUUGCCUUCAAAUAUUUGGCCCCAUUUUAGUUCGCCAGAUUGGUCCGACUCGGUAUCUCUCGGGUGUUUGUUUCCUGUGGGGAACUGUUAUGCUUUCUGCUGGCUUUGUCAAAAAAUGGACUGAAAUGGUUGGAAUCCGUGUGAUCAUUGGGGCCCUUGAGGCUGGCUUCUUCCCUGCUUCGGUGUACUUGAUAUCCACCUGGUACACACGAUAUGACAUCCAGAAGCGAUAUGCUAUUUUCUACCUUCUUGGAUGUGUGGCCUCGGCCUUCACCGGUAUCUUGUCAUACGGUAUUACUUUUAUGAACGGUCUUGGAGGCCUCACUGCGUGGCGAUGGAUCUAUGUCAUCCAGGGUCUCUUAACUUGUGUCGUGGCCACCAUUGGCUACUUUGUCUUGAUCGAUUUCCCGGACCGCAUGAAAGAAAACAAACAAAAGUUUCUAUCCGAGGGUGAAUAUGAAUUUAUCAUCCGACGCAUCACCAAGGAUCGAGCCGAUGUGACCGUUGAGCCCUUCAACUUGAAAAAGUAUCUUAGCGCUGGGCUAGACAUCAAUAUUUGGGCUUUCGGGUUCAUCUAUUAUUCUACCACCACAACCGCCUACGCCAUAUCGUAUUUCCUGCCCAUUAUUUAUCGUCAAGGCAUGGGAUUCUCCAUGGGUGCUUCUCUGUGUUUAUUUGCGCCUCCAUAUGCUGCCGCGGGCAUCCUUAUGUACGCCACUUCCUGGAUUGGCGAUCGAUACCACAUUCGGGGCCCUAUCUUGAUAUUCAACGCGAUGCUUACCAUAAUUGGUCUGCCCUUGAUGGUCGGUGUAUUUCCAAAUUAA